AGAGCCGAGCCGGCGGCUCCGCUGAACAGCCGCCUCUGCGGCCGCCGCGCCGGUCCUCCGCGUCCUGGUCCCGCCCUCCUAGUCCCUGUGCCCCGGUUCCCCUUCCCGUCCUCCUCCUUCCUCCCUCUCCAGCCUCCCCUUGAGCUCUCUCUGGCUGCAGUCCGCGCCCGGCCCGCCACCGGGCGGGCAGGAGGACGGCGGCAGCUCCACCAUGAGCGACGAGGGCAGCAAACGGUGUAGCCGGGCGGAUAGCCUCGAAGCUGAGCCACCUCUGCCCCCGCCGCCCCCACCCCCGCCUCCGGGAGAGUCGUCCCUGGUUCCCACCUCCCCACGCUACCGGCCGCCGCUACCCGCGCCUCUAGAGCGCAUCGUAGGGUCGGGCGAGCCCCCGGUAGAACUGGCCCCUCGGCGCAAGGGCGCAGGUGAGCCGCUGCCGCCGUCUCUGUUGCCCGGCGACCAGGAGGUGUCGGCAGCGGGCGACUCCCACGAAGGUCCUAGGUGCCUUCCGGAGGUGAAGCUCCCCGAGGCUGCGGCCGGGAAAGGCAGCCCGGGGGAGCCCGAGGCCGGCGCGUGCCGGGAGGGCGAGCGGCGAGACACGGGAGACCAGCCUGAGACACGCUCCGUGUGUAGCAGCCGCAGCAGCAGUAGUGGUGGCGGUGGCGACCAGCGCUCGGGGCAUCAGCACCAGCAUCAUCAGCCCAUUUGCAAGAUCUGCUUCCAGGGCGCGGAGCAGGGUGAGUUGUUAAAUCCUUGCCGAUGUGACGGGUCUGUUCGGUACACACAUCAGCUGUGUCUUCUAAAGUGGAUCAGUGAAAGGGGCUCCUGGACCUGUGAACUGUGCUGUUACAGAUACCACGUCACAGCCAUUAAAAUGAAGCAACCUUGCCAGUGGCAGAGCAUUUCUAUAACACUGGUUGAGAAAGUUCAGAUGAUCGCUGUAAUCCUAGGAUCCCUGUUCUUAAUAGCGAGUGUGACUUGGCUCCUCUGGUCAGCCUUCAGCCCCUAUGCAGUGUGGCAGAGGAAGGACAUCCUUUUUCAAAUCUGCUAUGGAAUGUAUGGUUUUAUGGAUCUAGUGUGCAUAGGCCUCAUCGUCCACGAAGGAGCUGCAGUUUACAGAGUGUUUAAGCGAUGGCGAGCUGUUAAUUUGCACUGGGAUGUAUUAAAUUAUGACAAAGCCACAGACAUUGAAGAAAGCAGCCGAGGAGAGUCUUCCACAAGUAGGACUUUGUGGUUACCAUUGUCAGCUCUGAGGAACAGGAACUUGGUCCACCCCACGCAACUAACCUCACCACGGUUUCAGUGUGGCUAUGUGCUAUUACAUCUGUUUAAUCGGAUGAGGGCCCACGAGGAUGUAUCAGAAGAUAACGGCUCUGGUGAGGUAGUGAUGAGAGUGACGUCUGUGUGACAGAUGUACUCGACAGGAGAGUGUGGAAACCUGCACAUUUCGGAAUGUAAUUGCAAUGAAUGGCAAAACCAUAGCACUUCUAUGUACAUCCAUGAACUUUUUAAAAUCUAUGCUUUUUAUAUGAACAUUUGAAUUGCAAAUACAUUUUUCUGAAAAAAAAAAAGAGUCUCCUUGUUUGCUUUGUGACUUGUCACAUCUUUUUAAAGUUAGUUACUGAAAUUGUCAUAUGGGUUAUUUAAAUCUACCUGGUCAAAGGAAUAAUGAAGGAAAUCAUUAAGACCUAAGGUAUCUUUCUUGCUUAUUCUAAAUAUAUGUGUAUCAAA